GGAUGGGCAGAGGCUAUUGCUUCAGGUGACAGAGUACAUGCUGAAGGAAAGCUCUCCAGGUGUAACCAGUUCACAAUGGAAAUAAAGCUCUUGGGUGCAUCCUUUAAUGCAUAUGUCUUCCUGGCCAACUGACUUGACUCCAUUUAGUACAGACUAGCCCUCUAAACAUAUGGAGGGGCACUUCAGAAUUUGAUGGGUCCAGGCAAUGUAAACUCAGUGGGCUGGAUUCUGGUUCUGAGCUACUAACUUGAUCAGGAUGAAGGUUUGGCCCUCUGUUCAAGAACAGGAGAGAGGAGCUGUCGCAGGCUGGUAUCAUCACUUCACCCCCUCUGCAGAGAUGGGGAAAUCAGUAACUUUGGGAAUCAGGCUGAUGUCUUGAAUCUAGGCUCUCAGCAGUGGAAUAGAUAGCAGUAAGUAUAGCUUUCUUUGGGGUGAAAUAUUUUUUGAGUGGCUGUCAUGCAAGUGAGUGGUGUUUGGCUUGAAUUCCUCUGCCAACUGGUCUGCAGUAGUUCAAGCUCCCCCCUAAGUCCUGCCACUAUCUUUCUACUGCAUGUACUUUUCUGCCCCCCUUACUACAGGAAGCCUGUGGCAGAGCAGGGAAUUGAACCUGGGUCUCCCUGGUCAUGGGCUAAUACCCUAACCACUGGACUAUCCUUCCUCUCCUAUAGGCCAGCAAGUUAGUUCAGUCCCAUAGUCCAUUUUGAUGAUGGUAGCCAGGGAGCUAAUUAAUGCAGAUGGGGGGGGGAGGGGGUUGCAUUGUGAUGCAGAUACUUGUCAACUAGGCACUGCAUUGGCACCUACCAAACUCAUAUCACACAAGCCACUGAGCAGUUAUCAGAGAGUAACAACUUUCAGACACCUCCACUCUGGGCUGGAUUUGAAUCGCCACUGUAUAGGUAAUCAGUCCUGUCUGCUCUCCUGAGCCGUCCAGUCUCCUGAUUUUGGAGCUGUGCUGGGCUGUGAGGGAACUUUUGGUGCUGUUUGUGUGUAGCAGAGGAGAGGUACUGAGGAGCUGUUUGGUUCUCGGUUUGAGUGACUCAGCCUCCAGGCCAGCCCACAAAACUCCCUCCUCUUGCUGGGCCUGCAGCCAUGGAAACGGCAAGAGUCCCUUUCAGAACACAGCUCUGAGAAGGGAAAGGGAGCACAAAGGCAGCCAGACAGCAAGGGCUUGUGCUUAGCACAAGGGUCGCUGGGGUUUUCCUCUUCCAGCCUUUGCCCUGCGCUGAUCGGCUUGUGUCUCUCUCUGAUCAGUGGGGUGGACGUGGCUCAAGAGGAAUGAGCUCUAGCACAAUAGCUCUGGCCCCUGUGGCCAAGAACGUGAUGGUAUAUCGCAAUGGGGACUCCUUCUUCCAUGGAAGGAAGUUUGUGGUGAACCAGCGCCAGUUCCAGACCUUUGAAGCGUUUCUGAAUGAGGUGACCAGCACCAUCCAUGCCUCUGUGGCUGUGAGGAACAUCUACACCCCCAGGCAGGGCCACCGGGUCACUGAGCUGGAGGAACUGCAGAAUGGAUGCCCGUAUGUGGCAGCUGGCUUUGAGCGGUUCAAAAGGCUAGACUAUUUAAACCCCGGAAUGAAGCAACUCAGUGGGGGCAGGAAAAAAAAUGGGUUGCAGAUUCGCCCCGUGGUUCCCCAGAAGCUGAACGUGGCAGCGCGAUGGCAGAAGCAUGUCCACCUACCCUGCGUUAUACAUGUUUUCCGGAAUGGGGAUUUGCUGAGCCCCCCUUUCCGACUGCUGCUCUCCAAGAGCACCCUGCAGGAGUGGGACGCCAUCCUGGGCCUGCUGACGGAGAAAGCCAACCUGCGCAGUGGAGCUGUUCAAAAACUGUGCCAACUGGAUGGAGUCCCAGUCUCCAGUGGCGAGGAGUUGGUGAACGGUGAAUACUAUGUGGCGGUCGGGGUGGAGAAGUACAAAAAUCUGCCCUACUUUGAACUGCUGGUGCCUAAGAAUUCUGUGCACCGGGCAUUACGGAACCAUCCAAAUAACAGACGCAGGAUCCACAAUCAGGGGCCGGACUAUCGCAGGGUGCAGUCCACGGGAGCUGCAGAGAAAGACAAGACCCCCGUUCCUUCUCCAGCAGUGCGCAGACAAGCCGGGAAAUAUCCACGCAAAGAGGAAGAGUCCGUUUUCCACGCUAAGCCUGUCCGUGCAGGGCAAAACAGGAUGAAUAACAGGAACAUGCAACACUGGCCUGACGAAGAAGAGGGAAGUGUCUAUAAAGUAAAAGACCCGAGAAAGGAGAUGCGCGGUGCCCGGGAAGUAAUGGAGGAUGAAUACACAAAGCUGGAGCUACCUGUUGAUCAGAGAGCUGCAGAGACUGUGGAAGAAGUUAUACCAAAAAACAAAAUGACUCCUCACAGCAAGGUUGGGAGCACUGACAGAUCGCGGAAGGCCUUGACGAUGCGAAAUUACGCCAAUGACUCAGAGGAGGAAGAGAACUGAAAGAGCCAUUUCUCUGACGGUGUGAAGCUCUGAAGAGUUUAUGAAGUGACUGUGAUGAAAUGGAGACCAAGUUAGCUUUACUCUCUGUGCAGUGGUCGAUAACAUAAGCACCUUGAUCAAAUCCAAGGACUUUUAAAAAUGUUUGUUUUAAACAAUAAGAAUGCCUUCAUUAUCUGGGCUUUGUAAAGCAGGCUUCAGGUGAACAAUGAGUCCGAUACAUUCAUAAUAUAUUUUUUAAAAUAUAAAUUUAAUAUAAACCCUUUUUUUUUUCCCUUUCUUGGGGAAGGUGCUUUGGGAAGAAGAUGGGAAAUGCCUGGGCCUACAUUUUUUUAAUUUCAACAGUCAAGG